UUCCACUUUACUCCCCUCCUUCACGCGCUAACUUCAAAAACUAAUGUUUAAAAUUAAAUCAACCGCCUACACUCACUCAUUCCCAUGCUUCUCUCUUCCCCCUCUCUCUAACUAUGGCUUCUCAGCUUCUCCAUUCCCCACGCGCCACCGCGCACCAGCCCAAGCUCCCGCUUCGUUUCACCACUACCUUACUGGCACACCGCCAGAUCAAUCCUCGAACUGGACGAACCAGAGUGAAGGUUAGGGCCUUAAAUGGAGGAGAUUCCUACCUCGACAUGUGGAGGAAUGCACGAGAUCGCGAGAGGAAGGAUAUCGAGUUCCAAAAAAUCGCCGAAACGUUGGUGGAUUCUGAUGCUGCUGGUGAUGAUAACAAUGUUGGCGGAGAGGAACUCGAUAAAAAAAAUGAGGAGUUCCAGAAGCUCCUGGAAGUUUCUAAGGAGGACCGUGACCGGGUUCAGCGUAUGCAGGUGAUUGACCGUGCUGCUGCGGCUAUCGCGGCGGCUCGCUCGCUCCUCGAGCAGAAAAAAGAGUCUUCCGUCAGCAGUAGGAGUGGUGGUGCAAGUUCUGUUGUGAAGAGUGAGAGUAGUGGAGCAAAUUCUGGCGUGCAGAAUGAGAGUGGUGGGUCCAAUUCUGUCGUGAAGAAUGAGACUGGUGGGCCAAUUGGGGUGCCUCAAGGAGGAACGCAGAAUGUUAGCAUCUUCGUGCCUCGAUCAGAAACUUCUGGAAAAGGAACGCCAGGUCCCGAUUUUUGGUCCUGGACCCCCCCUCAAGACAGUGAUGGAAAUUUGGAUGAUGUAAAUGACUUGAAAAUGGCUAGGAAAUCUACUGUCUAUCCUUCGACAAACACCGUGACAGAGAAAACACGAUCCAUGGAUACUCUUCCAAUUCCAUUUGAGAGUAAACUUUCUGACACCAACCACGUCCCUCUUCCUCCUUUUCAGUCUCUGAUUGAUGUUCUAAAAGAAAAUGUUUCUGAGGCCAGUCCAGAGGCACCUUCCUUAAAGGAAGAACACGAACUUGGUGCUCUGUCUUCAGCCCACGCAGCAGAAGCGGCAGAUGCUCUUGACAAGGUUGAUGAAUUAUCCACUCAGGGAGUGUAUCCAGAUGGUUUAAGGUGGUGGAAGGAGACAGGAAUCGAGCAAAGACCUGAUGGUGUGAUUUGCAGAUGGACAAUGACCAGGGGUGUUAGUGCUGAUAAAAAAGUUGAGUGGCAAGAGAAGUUCUGGGAGGCAGCUGACGAGUUAGGUUACAAGGAACUUGGUUCGGAGAAGUCAGGACGUGAUGCAACGGGUAAUGUUUGGCGUGAGUUUUGGAUGGAAUCAAUGAGGCUGGAGUCUGGCAUUAUGCAUCUUGAGAAAACUGCAGAUAAGUGGGGAAAGAACGGAAUAGGUGAAGAGUGGCAAGAGAAGUGGUGGGAACAUUAUGAUGCCUCUGGUCAAUCAGAAAAAUGGGCCCACAAGUGGUGUAGCCUUGACCCAAACACACCCCUUGAUGUUGGUCAUGCUCAUGUUUGGCAUGAAAGGUGGGGUGAAAAAUAUGAUGGACAUGGUGGCAGCAUUAAGUACACAGACAAAUGGGCUGAGCGGUGUGAAGGUGAUGGUUGGGCGAAGUGGGGUGACAAAUGGGAUGAAAAUUUUGAUCCAAAUGGUCAUGGUGUCAAGCAGGGGGAGACAUGGUGGGAAGGUAAGUAUGGAGACCGCUGGAAUCGUACUUGGGGUGAGGGUCACAAUGGAUCUGGAUGGGUUCACAAGUAUGGAAAGAGCAGCAGUGGGGAGCACUGGGACACACAUCAGCAGCAAGAUACAUGGUAUGAGAGAUUCCCACACUAUGGCUUUUAUCACUGCUUUGACAACUCAGUUCAGCUCCGGGAAGUUCGGAAACCUUCCGAGUUUGUUGAACCAUAAUUCCUGAAGAGUCUUCAAAUAUUUAUAUACAUUUCUUUUUUGGUGGAAAGGAAGUAUAAAGGAAGUCGUAUGUAAUACAUAGUUAAUAGUUCCUUCCUAAGAAAAUAGUUUUUAACAUGAAUAAUAGGGUUUUUUUCUUGAACAUUUAGUGCUUUGGCACGUUGCAGAUUAACUUGUGAACAGAUCUUUAUCCCCUCGUUGAUCCGUCUAAUGUAAUGCCUUGGCUUUAGCUUUGUAGCUUAUCCGAUCUUAAAUUGGGCAUCUGGAUGGUGGGGAAUUAAUAAACAUCCCAAAUAAGUUAUUUGACUAAA